CAAUCCUCAAUUCCUCAAGAGAUGUCGCGUAACUCGCAUAUUCAAAGGUUAAAAAUAAACAGUCUAAAAUUAAUUUUCUUUAGAACAUUUUUAGCUUUUCGAGAAAGUACGAGUUUAUUCAGAUGAAAUUAAUACAUAAUUUAUAGAACCCCGAGACUGAAUCCAGAAAGUGUGUCAUAUUCAUAACCUAAAAAGUAAAAAGCUACAAAAUGUGUGCAAACGAAACUGAAGCUGAGAAAUACAAGGAAGAAGGAAAUGAAUCGUUCAAGAAUGGCAAUUGGGAGCAGGCAAUCAAACUAUAUACCAAAGCUAUAGAUACAAUAGCUAGUGAAACACGAAAUAUGUCUAUUUACUACAAGAAUCGUGCAGCAGCAUAUCUCAAACAGGAAAACUAUGACGCCGCUUUGGAGGACUGCGAAAGGAGCCUUCAAAUUAUUCCAUCAGAUCCGAAGGCCUUAUUCAGAAGAUGCCAAGCAUUAGAAGCUUUGAAGAGAUAUGAGGAGGCCUACCGAGACGCCACACAAAUAUUCAAAGACGACCCUGCAAACAAACCGAUUCAACCUAUACUUGCUAGACUCCACCAAAUAGUACAAGAGAGGGCAAGACAAAAUGCACAGAUGAGCAAUAAACUAGAAAGUAUGAUGAAAAUAGUAUUUGAGUUGAGUGAAUCCAUAGACAAACGAGAAACUGCCAUGAACAACUUAUUAGUAUUGGCCCGAGAUCAAGCUGGUGCUGAACUGAUGAUAAAAACCACAAUCGUUCAACAGAUCAAAAAAUUACUGAAAGUGGAGAAAAACAAAGAGAUUUUCAUAACUGGAAUAAGAGUAAUUGGUGAAUUAUGCAAACACAAUGAAAAAAGGACUAAAAUAGUUUUAAAAGAUAUUGGACUUCCUUGGUUCUUAGAAAUACUUGAUAGCAAUGAUGAAAAACAAGUGAACGCUGCUGAGCACUGCAUGCAGACAGUACUCAAUGCAUUUUCUGGUAUGGAAAAUAAACCAGACACAAAGCCAAAAAAAGAACUUGUUGAGAAAAACAAAAACAACAUAGACACCUUGCUAUCUUGCUUAGUUUACUCCGUCAACAACAGGGCAAUAUCGGGCUUAGCAAGAGAUGCUAUAAUCGAACUUUUAAUUCGAAACAUAAAUUACGAUCAGUUAAACUGGGCGGAAAAGCUCGUUGAACAAGGCGGAGUCGAAAGACUGAUGGAAUGUGCCAGUGAACUAGAAGAAUAUAAAUACGAGAGCGCUAUGAACAUUACCCCCUCCACUAGAACAAUUGCAGCUGUCUGCUUGUCAAGAAUCUACGACAACAUGUACUAUGACAAAUUGAGAGAAACAUUCAUGGAGAAAAUAAACAACUUUCUGAAAGAUAAAUUACUCACUCCCGAUAUUGAAUCAAAAGUUCGUGUAACAGUUGCUCUAACAGCCCUCUUGAGAGGCCCCCUAGACGUAGGAAAUUCAAUUCUAGGAAGGGAGGGGAUCAUGGAGAUGAUUUUAGUGAUGGCCAACACUGAAGAUGAACUCCAACAGAAAGUUGCUUGUGAAUGUUUAAUUGCGGCAGCCAGCAAAGCCGACAAAGCUAAAGCAAUCAUUAGCCAAGGGGUGGACAUUUUGAAAAAACUAUACAAAUCUAAAAAUGAGAAUGUCCGCAUCAGAGCUUUGGUUGGUCUAUGCAAGCUUGGUAGCUCAGGUGGAAGUGAUGCAUCCCUUAAGCCAUUUGCAGAAGGAUCCACCCUAAAACUUGCUGAAGCUUGCCGAAGAUAUCUUCUACAUCCUGGAAAGGAUUCUGACGUCAGAAAGUGGGCGGCUGAGGGUCUUUCAUAUCUAACUUUAGAUGCCGAAGUUAAAGAGAAAUUGAUUGAAGAUAAGCCUGCUCUACAAGCUCUGGUUGAACUAGCCAAGACGGGAGAUCAAUCUGUACUCUUCGGAGUCAUAACAACUCUCGUGAACCUAUGCAAUGCUUAUGAGAAGCAAGAAGUAAUUCCAGAAAUGAUAGAGCUUGCAAAAUUUGCCAAACAGCAUAUCCCAGAAGAACAUGAACUAGAUGAUCCAGAUUUCGUUACAAAACGUAUUCUUACCUUAGGGCAUAAUAACGUUACUACUGCGUUGGUUAGCUUAUCGAAAACAGAAAGCAAUAACUCAAGAGAACUCAUAUCCAGAGUAUUCAAUGCCUUGUGUAGCGAACCAGAUUUGAGAGGCACUGUCGUAGCUCAAGGAGGAGUGAAAGUCCUUAUAGCACUAGCACAUAAAGGGACUGAUAAAGGCAAACGGCAAGCUGCUCAGGCUUUAGCAAGAAUUGGAAUUACAAUGAACCCCGAAGUUGCAUUUCCCGGACAGAGAGCAUUGGAGGUGAUUCGCCCUUUGAUAUCAUCUCUACAUCCUGACUGUAGCGGAUUAGAAAACUUUGAAGCCCUCAUGGCACUUUGUAACAUUGCCCAAAUGAAUGAAGCGGCAAGACAGAGGAUCCUCAGAGAAGGCGGGUUUUCCAAAAUUGAACAUUACAUGUUUGAAGAUCAUGAAUACUUGUGCAGAGCUGCCACACAGUGCAUGUGCAACUUAACCCAAUCUGAAGAUGUCAUAAAAAUGUUUGAGGGUGAAAAUGACAGGGUAAAAUAUUCAGUGUCCUUAUGCUUGGACGAAGAUAAAGAUACAGCCAUGGCAGCUGCUGGUAUGUUGGCAAUCAUCACAGGUGCGAGUGAAAAGUGCUGCGCAAAAGUUUUUGACUCUGUGAAUUGGCUGGAUGCGCUUCAUUGUCUUUUAGCCAAUCCUCUCCAGAGUAUGCAAUAUCGGGGAGUGUGUGUUGUUUAUAACAUAAUAAGCGCAAAGAAAGAAUUAUCUGAAAAACUGAUGGAAACAGAUAUCAUGGAAAUUCUAAUGGCAUUAUCCAGACUUCCUCCAUAUGAUGGCAGGGAAAAUAUUGUUGAAAUUGCUGGUAAAGCACUACAAGAAGCUGAAAAAUGGGGUGUUAUCAAAAAGCCUGAAGAGGACAACUAAUACCAAUCUAACUUUCAUUUUUACAAUAGGUACAAAUCUUUCAAUAUUUAUUAUGGCCUAUGUACUUAAACCUUGUUUCGGUUGAUUAAGAUCUUCCUCAAUUUGAAAAAUAUUCGUUUAUAAGAACAUGAACUUUCAUGCCGAAAGUCACGAUUAGAGAGAACAAAUUGUUGUUUAUUAGGCUGUGGUCAAAAGAAAGGUAUAGUACCAAACUCUCAAAUGUUUACGUCUGCUACAGCAGCAGUUAUUCGUUGACAAAAUUUAGAAACACCACCUUCAUCCUCACAGUCAAGGCAUACACCACUGAAAAUGAUAGACAAAAAAUGUUGUACAGCAAUCUCCUCGACAACCGCCUAAUAACCCAUAUUUUAUUUUCUCUAAUAUUAGAAGUUAUCAGAAAAUGUAAGUGUAGAAGAGAGAAAUACUUAAUCUACCCCGAUUAGUUGUUUUGCUUAACAUGUGCUUUUUAGCAUGGGUCAGAUAAAAUGUUUGCUUGCUUAGAGCGUGCUGAACAAGUCAUCUAUCGAGGAUCUGAGCAGGGAUGGUUGGCAUUUUAUUCAUGAGUAGAACUCACUUAUCAAUCGGUUACCAAUUGUCAAUAACAAAAACUUUUUUGUUAGAAAUAUUGACAUUACGGAAACUGAAUCUGUUUACAUCUUUGAAACAAGCUUUGGCUACACUAGUAAGAUUUUCUAAUGUCUUCUAAACUUUUCAGAUUGUAUAACAUUAUAAUAUACAAAGAACUGACUAUAUAUAAUGUAAUUAUGUAUAGGAAGAGAAUAUAUGGCCAACUUUUUUAUAUUUGACUGUAUCACCGUGUUUUUAUUAUAAGGAGCCCUGGACGUGCCUUUAUAUAAAAUUAAGGGUGAAUUCACUGACCAGUUGUUAGUUAAUUUUCAAUAGUAAUGAAGGAAAAUGCUAAGGAACUGAAACUUGCUACAUAUGACUAGUGCGUGAAUCCACCCUAAAUUAUUAUGUAUUGAAUAAAUAAAAUUGAAGUGAACCUUU